AUGACAAUGUCUGUGAUUAGAACAAAACGAGACCUAGUUAGGCCUGCAAAGGAGACACCAUUGGUCACACUAGACUUGUCGAUAAUCGACAGAUUACCUGUUUUAAGAUGCAAUGUUAGAACCUUGCAUGUGUUUAGAUAUGGCCCUGAAGCAACAAGGGUCAUAAGAGAGGCAUUGUCCCUAGCACUUGUUCCCUACUACCCUCUUGCAGGACGGCUUAAAGAGUCUAAACCAUGGUGCCUCCAAAUCGAGUGUUCGGGUGGUGGUGUGUGGUACGUUGAGGCAUCAACUGAUUGCAGCCUUGACUCUGUCAAUUUCUUUAACGACAUGGAGUCGAUUCCCUAUGAUGAUCUUCUUCCCAAUGAUGUUCAGAAGAUCGGACAAAUUGAACCCCUUGUGAAAAUGCAGGUGACACAAUUUGGUUGUGGGGGUUUUGUGAUAGGCCUGGUAUUCAGCCAUAGCAUUUGUGAUGGCCUUGGCGCUGCACAAUUUCUGAACGCGGUUGGGGAGCUAGCUAGAGGACUUGACAAGCCCACCAUUGAACCAGUGUGGUACAGGAACUUCUGUCCCUCUCCUCAAGCUCAUACAUUGCCAAAACUACCUCUAACAAGUCCACCUAAAAUGCCACAUUACAAGCUAGAGCAUUCUAACAUAGACAUGACUAUGGAUCAAAUCAACCAGCUGAAACGACAGUUUCAACAAGUAACUAGGCGAGGUUGUUCUACCUUUGAAAUUGUUGCUGCUUUGUUUUGGAGCAGCAGAACAAGAGCCAUUAAUUUUGAUCCCAAUACCCAAGUGAAGCUUGUUUUCUUUGCAAAUUGUCGACACCUCAUAGACCCUCCUCUACCCAAUGGUUUCUACGGAAACUGUUUUUUCCCAGUGACAACUACAACUUCAUGCGAGUCACUUGGAAAAGCAGUAAAUAUCAUUGAAGUGGUAAAGCUGAUUCAAGAAGCUAAGUCCAGGUUACCUUUAGAGUUUGAUAAGUACUUGAAGGGGGACCAUAUAAAAUGUGGCAAUGAGGAUGAGGAGGACCCGUUUGCACCUACACCGAAUUAUGCCACAGUCUUUAUGUCUGAGUGGGGGAGGUUGGGAUUCGACAAUGUGGACUAUCAGUGGGGUCCACCUGUCCAUGUGGUCCCCAUUCAAGGCUCUGUCAUUGUGCCAGCUGGCAUUGUGCGCUCGCUGCCACUCCCAAAUAGAGGGAUUCGUUUGGUUACAUGGUGUGUGGAGGAGGCACAUCUCCUUCCCUUCAUUGAUCAAAUUCAUGGUCUUAUAAAUCAGCAACUGUUAUAA